AUGCGGUUGACGAAACAUAUACCCGCCCUCAUUGCCAUGACCAAGCAGCUCAUCAGCUCAUGCUACGCCAGCCAUCUUUCACCAAUUCAUACCUUCUCCCCUAAUCAACCCAGCCAUGCUCUAGUCUCAUCCUCGCAACGUCGGUUCCAGACUGCGAUGGACUUCAUCAACACCUUUCUAUCCCAAGGAUGCGUUGAUCCUACUAGUGGAAAGGCCGACAUCACCCUUUGCAUCACCAGUCGAGCGCGGACCGUCCGCUCGUUCCUACCCCUCGCGGUCGAUGUAUGGGAAUGUCAUACCUUCAACAAUCACCUCCACGAAGUCCAAAUUGUCGGCCUGAUCGACGCGAUCCUUAGCUAUACUUCCUCCGACUCGCAGCGGGUACCCCAGCGUCUAUCCAACUGCGCCUGGAUAGCGCUGAAGAAUCUUCUUCCUUCUUCUUCGAAUGUAGACUACACUACAAGCAGUUUCGUUUUCAAGUUGGUCGAGCUGAUUCGACGUGCCUUUGUCUCGACUCCCCUCCCACAGUCUUCUAGCUUUUCACGCUACAAGAACAUGCGGCUUAUGAUGCAUACGAUGGUGUUCUGUUACUCUGCGCAACUAGAUCGUGGCUACUCCAAUUCUGGGUUCCGAAGUUGCCUCGAUAUCCUCAUGUUAUGCACGCGUGGUCGAAGGCAAGGGAUGAAGAAUCUUCUUUCGCUCAUUGAUGAAGGCAUAGGAGCCAAUCAGGAUGAUACGCUCUCCCCGCUGGAUAUACUUCUGUUUGAAGUUGUGACGCAGUGCACGCGUCUUCCUUUUUUACGUGUUGCCUUAGAAGUCGUCUCCUCAUCGGACUAUCGUAGCGCUCGUGUCGUUGACAUUGCGAGGCAAUGUGUACUGCACACCUUCAUCGCAAAGGAGCUAGUGAACCCCAGAUGCAAUACUGGCAUUGUCACGUCGCAACAACAAGUCGUUAUGGCUUUGCGGAGCAUAGAUGAUCGCGAACAUAUCAUGCGUUUCGCCGCAUUCCUCCUCCGCUUACACCACGAUGAGUUGAUGGCUGAUUGGGCUGGAUUCACGGCGCACUCGUCCUUGCGUGUCGACAUCGAUUUCCGCGGGUGCCCCGCACGCGCACGGGGCUGCUUUCAAGCGUCUUCCUAUUUCCCAGACCGUAUCGUUGUCCAUGUUAUCGUCCCAACGAUAUGCAAGAAGCUUGAACUCACAUUUGCUGUUGAUCUCCCCAGCAAUGUCACCGCGCGCAGGCUUUCAGCUCUCAUUCGCGACUUCGAAAGCACUCGCCUUCAACUAUUGUCAUGA